GUAAUUUUUCGAUUUUUCAGGUAUUAUUAACUGUGAUGUGUGGUUGAAAAUGGGUGAAGCAAUGGAUGAACUUCCUGACGGGCUGAAGCCCAGUCAGGCGCCUGAUCCGGUUGACGAAUUCGAAGCUGCCUUCCAGAAAUGUUUGACGGUUUUGGAGAAACCGGAAACGGUUGAAAGAAUGACGAGCGAGGAAAUGCGUUCAGCCGUGGACAAUAACAUAAUGCGCUUCAUUGAUCUCGGCCGAAGCCUGGAAUCUUUCUUCCUUCGCAAACGUUUCCUCAUCUCUCUGACCCAACCGGAGCAGAUCAUCAAAGAGGAUAUCGCGGAGUUGAAAACUGAGAUCCAACGCAAAGAUGCUUUAAUACAGCGGCAUUCGGAGAAAGUAGCGUUUUGGCAGAGCCUGGUGAACAGCACUGGUCCUGUGCCAGCGACCGGCGUCUCUCCUGUGGGUCCUAUGGCUGGAAUGCCGCAAGGAGUGCCACAUGGCAUGAUGGCACCGGGCGGGAUGCAGCAGCAAAUGCGGAUGAUGUCUCCCGGAGCUCCGCAACACGCGCGGAUGCCGGGAGCCAUGCCCAUGAUGCAACCCCCGAUGCCCGCCGGGCAUUUGGCGAAUCUCGAACGCGCUGCGAGCAACGUCGGCAUGCAGUAAUUCCGACUCAAAACAAAAAUGUUGAUCGAAAAUAAAAACCUCAAAUACCGCGAUCUUCACCCAGAAAACGCACCGAGGCGUCUGGAGGUCUGAAAUACGCCGUUUUUUUUUUCACGUUUGACAACAAUUUGCGAGCGAUUCGUGUAAGAUUCUUCAGGAAUCUGUGUCCUGAACCCCGGCCAUAUCAGCGUACUGAAGAGCUUAUUGAUCGACUUUGAGUUGAAGAUUUCUUUGUGAUCUUCUUUUUUGUCCGUUAUUUAUGAAUUCCAAGAGGGCGUUUUCGCGGGGGGAAGGACACGAUUGUUACGCUCCGACUUGCAGUUCGGCGUUUGGUGAAAAGUUUGCUUUUUUUCUAAAUAUCUUUCGCAGCUGUCAGCUUUUUCCGGGUUGAACCUCGAAUGAAUGGAGCUCAAUAAAUUUGUUGAGACAUACA